AUGACGCAAGGAAAUUUGCCACUCGGAGAGUAUGAAAGAAAAUUUGAACGACUUUCUAGGUAUGCACCGUAUAUGGUAAACACUGAGCUGACAAAGGCUAAGAGGUUUGAAAUGGGGUUAAGGUCAGAGAUUAAGGAAAGCAUGGCAGCCCAGCAGUAUACUACUUAUGCAAAGGUUGUACGUCGAGCACAGGCAAUCUCUAAUAGUUUAGGACUGGAAAAGAAAACCCAGCCUAGCACCGAGUCUUUUAUAAAGAGAAAGUGGCAAGGUCAUGAUAAGGAGAAAGGCAGGAAUCAGAAUAAGAAAGGAAAGAUUGGGUUAGACUCAAAUAAAACUUUUCCUCAAUGCUCCAAUUGCAACAAGCGCCACUUGGGUGAAUGUCUUCAACGAAAUGGAGCAUGCUACAGUUGUGGUAAGAGUGGUCAUUUCCUUAGAGACUGUCCAGAGAAGAAGAGAGAAAGUGAUCAGCUUAAGAAGGGAAAGGCCAGAGUAUUUGCUUUGACAGGAGAAAAGGAGGAUCAGAACGCAGACGUAAUAACAGGUAUGUUACCAGUAUCUAACGUACCUGCUAUUGUCCUUAUGGAUUUUGGAUCCACCCAUUCAUUUAUUUCUACAAUUUUCAUGGAUAAGAUUGGGAAUGAAUUCAUAAAAAUGAAUAACAUUUUAGAAGUUAGUACACCAUCAGGCGAAGUGAUUAAUACCAAUCAAAUGGUUAAAGAUGUUAAGUUAGAGAUCGAAGGAAAAGUAUUAAAAGCUUAUUUGUACCUUUUGAGAAUGAAAGACUUUGAUGUAAUUUUGGGUAUGGACUGGUUGGGUAGAAAUUAUGCAACCAUCUUAUGCCAUAAGAAGGAAGUUUUAUUUCAAAAACCUGGAGAAGAAGAAUGUCGAUUCUUUGGAACAAGAAUUGGGACUCUACCCCGAUUGGUGUCUUGA